AAGCAUUUGUAGCGUCACGUUGACCGUAGCCAAGCUGCGAUCUAUUCGUCUAUCGAACAUGGAUGAUCUAACCAAUGUGGAUCUUAAUAAUAUCGGUCAUCUGGGUCUAAUUGAUCCAAAUGAUAUAGAUCUAACAAAUAUGAAUUUGUUAGAAGCACAAGGACAAUUCAACACCAUUCUGUUAAGUGAUAUAUCCAAUUUGAUUGACGCCAUGGACUGCAAAAAAUGCGUAGAAAAAGAAGAACUUUUAAAGGAAGCAAAAAAAAAAUUAGAUGUACAAAAGGAAAUAAUUGAUAAAAUGGUUAAGGAACGCAGGACAUUGCAUAAUGUCAUCCUAGAAUUAAAGGGCAAUAUAAGGGUCUGUUGUCGAGUGCGUCCACGGACGCCGAAAGAAACUGAGCAGAUGAAAGCGUUGUGUGAUAUAAGCUUCAUCGACGAUUGUACCAUUGAAAUAGGUAAAUCGGAGAUUUACCAAAAAUUUUCAUUUGAUAAAAUUUUUGCUCCCAAUGCUUCGCAAGCAGAUGUGUUCGAAGAAUUGUCCCUGUUAGUACAAUCAGCACUUGAAGGAUAUAAUGUUUGUGUAUUUGCCUGUGGUCAGACUGGUUCUGGCAAGACGUAUACUAUGGAAGGAGAACGUGGAUCACAGACUGAUGAAGGCAUAAUACCUAGAACGGUACAUUACAUAUUUGAAGAAAUAAAAAAUAUGGAACUGCUUGGCUGGGAAUAUCGAAUAGAAGCAAGUUUUUUGGAAAUUUAUAACGAGCAUAUCGUUGAUCUUCUCGAUAUAACGCCAAAACCACACGAAAUACAAAUGGUUCCUGAUAAAGAUGGAGAUUUAUACGUUACCAACCUUAAGAUUGAAGAAAUACACAGUCCAGAUGAAUUACACGAAUGCCUACGAACUGUACAACGCAACCGUGCAGCAAUUGCAUCUACUCAGUCAAAUGAACGAUCAUCCAAAUCUCAUUCAGUAGUAAGAAUACGCUUGAUUGGUACACAUGUUACGAAACAAGAGGAGUCAAUAGGAAAUCUGAAUUUAGUCGACUUAGCCGGGUCUGAACAUCUGAAAACUGAAGAAGCUGUUAGAACUGCAGAAACAAAGAAUAUUAACAAAUCUUUAGCCAAUCUUGGCAAGGUAAUUUUAGCACUAUUGAAAAAACAGGAACAUAUACCUUAUAAAAAAUCUAAAUUGACCCACCUGCUUAUGCCUUCUCUAGGAGGCAAUUCAAAAACUUUGAUGUUAUUAAAUGUAUCUCCAUUAGACGAAUGUUAUAACGAGACAUUAAAUUCGCUGAUAUUUGCCAGUAAAAUCAGUAAUUGCAAGACUGGAAAUGUUAAUGAAUAAUAAAGACAGAAUGACAUCACAAGUGAGAAUUAUCUGAGUUUUGAUGUAAAUGGAAAGCAACUAAUAUUUAUGAUCUUUUUUUGUUUAUAACAUAUUUUUCUUUUUAUUGUAAACAUUGUAAAGUAUAUCGCGUGUGUGCGUAACGAUCAGUUUGUACUGUUAUUUACAUUAUUAGAAAUGGAUUAGAAGGAA